CAUGGACAACGUUCUGACUGGCUUUUGAAACCAGGCGAAACCUUGACAUACCCAACAGGUCUUACGUACGAUACAACACUUACUGACCACGGACGUAAUCAAGCUCGUGAGCUUGCAGCUUAUUUAGUCACAAAUAACAUUAAGCUUGAUCGCCUAUACUCUAGUCCUUUCUACCGUACAAUGGAGACGGCUAAUGUCGUUGCGGAAACUUUGGAUCUGCAAAUACUUGUCGAGAAUGGGUUAGGGGAGUGGUUCAAUGUCGGCUGUAAACGCGCACCAGCUUCGCUCGUACAGCUCCAUUCAUACUUUCCGCGUGUCCAUUUACCAUAUAAUCCUAUUCGAAUACCGUCGCCUAAUGGAGAGACUCUUCAAGAUCUUCGUGAUAGACUGUCCUCCGUUAUGAAUGAGAUGAUCUCACAAUGUGAUGAGGCAGGCAAUGUCAAGACUAUAAUGACAGUCGGACACGCGGCAUCAGUCAUAGAAGGCGUAAGAACUGUCAUUGGAGAUAGAUACGCAUCAGUAAAUUGCGGAACUUGUACGCUUACAGUUGCAAAAAGAAUAGAAGGCGAAUGGAAAUUAAUCACCAAUGGUGAUGCAUCUUUUCUAUCUAAAGGGGAGGAGAACAAAUGGGCUUUUACAGAAGUAAGAGUACUGGAAUAA